AUGCAAUCCCUUACCCGCCUCCAACUAAACUCGACCCGGACGCUUCUUGCGCCAGCACGACGGGGAUGCGGUUAUCGUCCUUCAUCACUCCAUGCCUUUGCUCGUUUUGCGACGACGAAGUCUCCGGCUCCCGCGGGCACUUCCCUCGGAAAACUCGAUUUACUAGCGAUCGAUAAGAAAUGGCAGGCCAAAUGGCAUUCGAGUGGGCAACAUGCGCCUUCUUCCAAUGCUGCUGGCCAGGCCCACGCCCCCGAUGACCGACCGAAGUCCUAUAUUUUGUCAAUGUUCCCGUAUCCGUCUGGCACGCUCCAUAUGGGUCAUUUGCGUGUGUACACAAUCUCGGAUGUUCUGGCGCGCUUUUACCGAAUGCGCGGUCAUGAUGUUCUGCAUCCAAUGGGCUGGGACGCCUUUGGACUUCCGGCGGAGAAUGCGGCCAUUGAGCGAGGAAUCGAUCCGGCGGAGUGGACCAGAGACAAUAUAUCCAGGAUGAAGGAGCAGCUCCGGAGUAUCUCAACCUCCUUCAAUUGGGAUAGGGAGCUAGCAACGUGCGCCCCCGAGUUUUACGAACAUACGCAGCGGAUAUUCCUCAUGCUCUACAAGAAGGACCUUGCGUACCAGUCAGAGGCGCUUGUCAAUUAUGAUCCUGUCGACAAGACAGUGCUGGCGAACGAACAAGUGGAUGCCAAUGGGUUCUCAUGGCGCUCUGGCGCGAAGGUUGAGCAGCUGAAGCUCAAACAAUGGUUCUUCCGCAUUACCGCCUUUAAGGAGGCGCUUUUGAAUGAUCUGGACUCUCUGGCGGGCGGGUGGCCAGAUCGCGUACUCUCAAUGCAGCGCAAUUGGUUGGGGAAAUCACACGGAGCAAGGGUUAAGUUCCCUGUUGCUACCACGGAUGAAGGCACCGGGGCAAACCUGAACGUUUUCACUACACGACCAGACACGCUCUACGGGGUCGAAUACCUCGCCGUUUCUUUGAAUCACCCCAUCGUCCAAGCCUCGGCGGAGAAGGACGCAGCGUUGCGGGAGUUCCUAGACCGAGCGGCGUCGCUGCCCCCUGACUCCAAAGCAGGCUACAAGCUGACCAACGUCACUGCGUCUCAUCCGUUGCGUAUUAUCGACAAGGAAUGUCCUUAUAUCACUCGUGAAUUGCCCGUCUUCGCGGCGCCCUAUGUUCUCAGCGACUACGGUGAAGGGGCCGUGAUGGGAGUUCCGGGUCAUGAUGCCAGGGACCUGGCAUUCUUCAGGGAGAAUGUGAAUCCCGAAAGUAUCCCGAUCGUUAUCGGACCAGAGCGCUCGGUUGGAACCGAUCGUGCUCCGGACGAAAACGUCGCGCCCGCAAGCGACGCAAAGGCUUUCACCCAGGAGGGCUAUCUUACAUCGCGAUGUGGUAAAUACCAUGGCCUUUCUUCCCGCGAAGCCGGCGAACAGAUUGUCAAAGAUCUUCGAAGCGUCGCCCACGGCGACUCCGUGGAACAGUGGAGGCUGAGAGACUGGCUCAUCAGUAGACAGCGUUAUUGGGGCGCGCCAAUCCCCAUCAUCCACUGUGGUGAGUGCGGGCCUGUGCCCGUGCCGGAUGACCAGCUUCCCGUUGAAUUGCCCAAGAUAGGUGGCGACUGGCUGAAAGGAAAGAAGGGCAACCCUCUCGAAUCAUCCGAUGAGUGGAUGCACACCGAAUGCCCAAGCUGCAAGGGUCCUGCCAAGCGGGAUACCGAUACCAUGGAUACGUUCGUCGACUCGUCAUGGUAUUACCUUCGGUUCCUCGACGCGGCCAACAAGGAACAGCCGUUUUCGCCCUCAUCUGUGCGACCAGUGGACGUAUACAUUGGCGGAGUCGAGCAUGCCAUCCUGCACCUGCUCUACGCUCGCUUUAUCUACAAGUUUCUCUCUCAAUCCGAGCUGUUCCCGGAGCUGGCUCGAACGGGCAAUCUUGCCGCGCCCUCUGAACCGUUCAAGACGCUCCUCUCCCAGGGUAUGGUCCAUGGCAAGACGUAUUCCGAGCCUUCCACCGGUCGGUUUUUACUUCCCUCCGAGGUGGAUCUUUCAAGCCCGGACAAACCGGUCAUCAAGGGCACCCAGGUCUCGCCCAACGUAUCUUUCGAGAAAAUGUCGAAGAGCAAGCACAACGGCGUGGAUCCGACCUCGUGUGCCCUGAAAUAUGGCGCGGAUGCCACUCGCGCCCACGUACUCUUCUCUGCACCCGUUAGCGAGGUCCUCGAAUGGGACGAAACGAAGAUUGUGGGCAUCGAGCGUUGGUUCGGUCGAUUGUGGAAGGUCGUGCAGGAUACGCAACGCAGCAUGAUAUCGUCGAGGUAUGCCCUGAACCCAGGCAGCCUGCGGACAGACUCUGGCCAUGCCGACCCCCUUCCCCACAGUUUGCAGGGUCUCAGCGACGGUGACGCCACCGCGGUGCUUUCGACCCAUCGGACCAUUGUCUCCGUCACCAACUGCAUCGAAAACAACCCCUACGGACUCAACACCGUCAUCUCCGAUCUGACCAAGCUCACGAACUCGCUGGUGUCGUCGAGCCCCACCUCCCCCCAAAUCUCCUAUCUGUGCACCUCCUCUCUUCUGCGACUGUUGGCGCCCGUGGCCCCGGCGCUGGCGUCCGAGUGCUGGGAAAUCCUGCACGAUUCGAUGGCGCGUGCCGAGACUGCCGACCGAGCUCACGUGCCGGCGGUGUUUGACUGUGGCUGGCCAACGCCUCCGUUGAGCUCUCAACAGGCCGACGCGUUGUCAGCACGCGGCGGUCAAGUCGUGGCCGUCCAGAUCAACGGCAAGCUGCGGUUCACCGUCACCAUCCCCCGGCGAUUGUCACCCACCACGGUCGCCGAGCCCAGCGGGAAGGCUGGGGUUGCAACGGACGAACAGGACUGGAUCAUGUCCCGCGUCCUGGAAACCGACGAAGGGCGGGUUUGGCUGCGGGAGAGAAACGACUGGGAAAAACGAAGGCGGGUGAUCGUCGUCCAGGGCGGAAAAUUGGUCAACAUUGUCUUCUAGCGCCGACGCAAGUACGACCAGCUAGAUUUUGGAAUUGUAGAAAAUCGACAUGUAUCAUAGAGACCAUAGCGUGGCGACCUCGCGCAACGUCCGCCGAAUGCCUUGGAAUAAUCCAGAUCGCGAGUGGAGGGGGAGACCGUGCUCCAAAUGAUGAAUGCCAGCACCGUUCAUCCAUUCUCAUCUGACCAGCCCAUCUCCGAGGAAAACCACCCCCCACAAACAAAGGGGGAAACAAGGGCGGGGGAGGAUUUCCCCUCAUGGGCGACCGGAGCUGCGAUUGUCGGUCUCGGCGAAAGCACGGCUGAAAGUCGGACCACC